GAGGCCUGGCACUGCGCGGUCCUCAUUCACCCCCGCUACGUGCUCACCGCCGGACAUUGCGUCAGAGACCCCAAUAUACCAAAUCUUUCUCUCCUGGGCGUGCGCCUCGGGGAGCUCAACCUCACGACGAACCCGGACUGCCAGCUCGGCCUCUGCAGCUCCGUGGUCGACGUGGGCGUGGAGCAGAUCCUCGUCCACCCCGAGUACAACAGGGCCUGCCUCGCGUGCCACGACCUGGCGCUCGUCAGGCUGAGUCGCGCCAUCGAGAACCUUCUGCCCCAGAUAUACCCGAUCUGCCUCCCUCUGGAUCCUGAAGGAGAGCUCGGUGGCAGCACUGACGCCCUUCAUAACUCUCGUGACUGGGGCUGGAUCGCUGGCUGGGGCUCCGUCUCGGGAGACCCUUUCAACGCCCAGCUGCCGACCGUGCUGCAGAAGGCUCAGGUGCCCCUCACGCCAACGCCCUUUUGUGAUGCCCUCCAGCAGAGGUACCCUGACCCUUCGUCCACCCUUUGUGCGGGCGGCGAGGGCCCAUUUACGUGCAAGGGGGACUCGGGGGGCCCUCUUAUGAUCGACAAUCGCAUGAGGACGAGGUGGUACGUCUUGGGCAUCACCAGCAAAGGGCCUAGGGUAUGUGGCGCCCCGAAUACGCAGACGCUGUUCACGAACGUCCACCACCACCUGUCCUGGAUCCUCUCCAACCUGAGGCCCUAACUACUGGUGAAGCC